AUGACAGAAGGACAAAAAAUGACGAAGAGUCGAUUUCCUCGUUUGCUGAACGUCUCUGAGCGUGAACGAUUAGAGGCUUUUAUUGAUCAAAUCCACUAUUCUCCGAGAUAUGCUGAUGAUGAGUAUGAAUAUCGACAUGUUAUGUUGCCCAAGGCUAUGCUGAAGGUAAUUCCGACAGACUACUUUAAUCCUGAAACCGGUACUUUACGUAUCCUUCACGAGGAGGAAUGGAGAGGCCUGGGUAUUACCCAGAGUCUUGGCUGGGAAAUGUAUGAAGUUCAUGUUCCAGAACCUCAUAUUCUUUUGUUCAAACGCGAAAAAGACUUCCAGUUGAAAUUCAGUCAACAACGAUAA